GUUCCCUAUGGGCCCAAGACCUCAGGCUUCUCCUGGCUCUGAGAUCCUCUCCUGGGCCAACGUCCUCCUCCUGGUGAGGCAGAAUGGGAACCAUGACACUCACCAGGGAACUGCACCAAUGUCGGGUUGAGACCUGACGCUGGAGGGAGGAGCAACACAUGGCUGUGCACCACCUCCUGGAGGGCUGGGGCUGCCCCCAGCCAGGUGACCUUGGCUUGCAGCCCCAAGGCUGGAUGGGGGCUCAUCAAGGGCAAAGGCUGGGACGUCAUCAGGGCUGGGUGCCCAGGAAAGAGCGGUUCUAGGUGGGGACACCUAUGGUGAUCAGGGAGGGCUUUUAGCAGCGGAUGGGGCAAGGUGGCAUGUGACCUGUGUGGAGAGACAGCAUCAUGAUCCCUAGGGGAAAUCUAAUAUCAAGUAUGUGCAGUUGGAGUGCAUGUGUGGCACCCAAGUGCAGAGGUGGCUUUAGAUAGGUGAGUCUGGAGUCCAGAGGAAGGCUGAAGGUCUGCCUGAGAUGGACCAAACCGUGGAAGGGAGGGAUGUUCGCAAAUUCAAGGAAACCAAAAAGCAGUUUGACAAGGUACGCGAGGACAUGGAGCUGUCCCUGGUGAGGAAUGCCCAGGCGCCUCGACACCGGCCCCACGAGGUUGAGGAGGCCACAGGCGCCCUGACCCUCACUCGAAAGUGCUUCCGCCACCUGGCACUGGACUAUGUGCUGCAGGUCAGGGCCGGAGGUGGAGACGAGCCUGGCUGUAUUACCAGUGGGAGCAGACACAGGGGCUCCAGGACCGUGGGAGGAAGGAGUUGGCACAGGUCCUCGGAGCUGAAGAUCAACGUCCUCCAGGCCAAGAAGAAGUUUGAGAUCUUGGAUUCCAUGCUGUCAUUCAUGCACGCCCAGUAUAGCUUCUUCCAGCAAGGCUACAAUCUCCUGCACCAGCUGGACCCCUACAUGAAGAAGCUGGCUGCUGAGCUGGACCAGCUGGUGAUCGACUCAGCUGUGGAGAAGCGGGAGAUGGAGCGCAAGCAUGCUGCCAUCCAGCAGAGGGACUUCUCCUAUGACGAGUCCAAGGCAGAGUUUGACGUGGAUGCGCCCAGCGGUGUGGUGAUGGAGGGUUACCUCUUCAAAAGGGCCAGCAACGCCUUCAAGACAUGGAAUCGGCGUUGGUUCUCCAUUCAGAACAGCCAGCUGGUUUACCAGAAGAAGCUCAAGGACGCACUGACUGUGGUGGUGGACGACCUUCGCCUCUGCUCCGUGAAGCCCUGCGAGGACAUCGAGCGCAGAUUUUGCUUUGAGGUCGUGUCGCCCACCAAGAGCUGUAUGCUGCAGGCCGACUCAGAGAAGCUUCGGCAGGCCUGGGUUCAAGCCGUGCAGGCCAGCAUCGCCUCCGCCUACCGGGAGAGCCCAGACAGCUGCUACAGUGAGAGGCUGGACCGCACUGCAUCCCCAUCCACGAGCAGCAUUGACUCUGCCUCAGACUCGAGGGAACGAAGUGCCAAGGCUGAGAGCACCUUGCAGCGUGUGCAGAAUGUGGCUGGCAACAGCCAGUGUGGUGACUGCGGCCAGCCAGACCCCCGCUGGGCCAGCAUCAACUUGGGCGUGCUGCUCUGCAUUGAGUGCUCGGGCAUCCACAGGAGCCUGGGUGUUCACUGCUCCAAGGUGCGGUCCCUGACACUAGAUUCAUGGGAGCCAGAGCUUCUGAAGCUAAUGUGUGAGCUUGGGAACAGCACUGUGAACCAGAUCUACGAGGCCCAGUGUGAGGAGCUGGGUAGCAAGAAGCCCACGGCCAGCAGCCCUAGGCAAGACAAGGAGGCCUGGAUCAAGGACAAAUACGUGGAAAAGAAGUUCCUGCGGAAGCUGCCAGUAGCGCCGGACCGGGAGGUGCGAGCUGACAGGGAGUCAGGCCCCCUGCAUCGGCGGGCGCAGAAGUGCCAGCGGCACCACAGCUCCCCCCAGGCCCCCACCCCACGUCGCAAGGUCCGGCAUGAGCCAUCCCUGCCCUCUGUCGUGGCCCUGUCCUCAGCCAGCACUUUGGAGCGCAAGUUCCGCCGGGAUUCCCUUUUCUGCCCGGACGAGCUGGACUCCCUCUUCUCCUACUUUGAUGCAGGGGCUGCUGGGGCGGGUCCACGCAGUCUGAGCAGCGACAGCGGCCUAGGCGGCAGUUCAGACGGCAGUUCCGAUGUACUUGCCUUCGGCGUGGGCUCGGUGGUGGACAGCGUCACAGAGGAGGAGGGCGGGGAGUCGGAGGCGUCCAGUGGCGAGGCAGAUGGGGAGGCUGAGGCCUGGGGCCUGGCUGACGUGCGCGAGCUGCACCCCGGGCUCCUAGCGCAUCGCGCUGCGCGCACCCGCGACCUUCCUGGGCUAGCCGCGGCACUGGCCCACGGGGCCGAGGUCAACUGGGCUGACUCAGAGGAUGAAGGCAAGACGACACUGGUCCAGGCUGUGCUUGGGGGCUCCUUGAUCAUCUGUGAAUUCCUUCUUCAAAACGGAGCUGAUGUGAACCAAAGAGACAGCCGGGGGCGAGCGCCCCUGCACCAUGCCACGCUCUUGGGCCACACUGGCCAGGUCUGCCUGUUCUUGAAGCGGGGGGCUGAGCAACACGCCCUGGACCAUGACCAGCAGGACCCACUGAGCAUUGCAGUGCAGGUGGCCAAUGCAGACAUUGUCACCUUGCUCCGUUUGGCGCGCAUGACUGAGGAGAUGCGUGAGGCCGAGGCGCUACCAGGCCAGCCGGGCCUGCUGGCGGGCAGCAGUCCUACCGAGCUCCAGUACCGCCGGUGCAUCCAGGAGUUCAUCAGCCUCCACCUGGAGGAGAGCUAGGGCCGGGCCGGCCGGGCAGCUGAGGGACCCCUCCCCGGCACCCGGCCGCCGGCCUGGCCACCCUGCAUGCCCCUGGAGACCCCGGCCCUGCCCACCCCUGGCCCUGCCUGUGAUGACAACUGGGCCCACUUGCGACAGCUCCCAUGCUGGGUGCUCCUGGUGCACUGCUCGCCCACCCUUCCCUCCUCAGAACUGCCUAGACCCCCUGGGAGGGCAGAGGGACCCCGGCACUGAGUCUUCUCAAGCUCUAGGCUUUCCCAGGGUGGGAGGCUGAAUCACCUGGUACCCCCUCACCUUUCCUGGGGACCCUCUGUCCUCAAGUAACCCAUGCCUUCCUCUGGGCUCUGGGUUGCUCACACCACAGACCACUCAAGGCGUAUGUCACUUUGUGCCCUCUUUGCCCUCAGGGUCUGGGUUACCUCAUGUGUACCCAUCAGACCUGGGGACCAGGUCACCUUGUGGGGCCCAUGUCACCUUGUGCCCUUUCUGUCCUCAGAGCCUGUGUCACCUUGUGCCCUCUCUGCCCUGGGGCCUGGGUCACUUUGUGGAACCUGGGUCACCUUACAGGACCUGUGUUACUUCCUGCCCUCUGUUCUCAGAGCCUGUGUCACCUCGUGCCCCACGUUUACUGUCCCAGAACACUGGCCUGCCAGUUGAGUCCCUUCUACAAGCCCCCAGAGCUCCUCCUUUAGGCCCUGAGGCCCGUGGCUGGCCACCAGUGCCUUGCCAGGGCAGGGAGGGGCAGCCCAUCCAGGGAUCAACCCCAUGUACCUCACUUAGUGACCCCAGCACCCAAGCUGGGCUGCGAGGGUGCUGAGUAGGUGGGGCUUUGACCUGGGGCUUCAGCCCCUGCUGGACGCUGGCGUCCUGAGCCACGUGGCUGGCCACGCAGGCCCAUGGUGCAGGACGGCCACAGGCCUGUCCCUGCCCCCUCGGGAGGCACCUUCUCCGGUACUCGGCCCAGAGCCCUGCAUAAAGCAACUUUGGCACUUUCCACCCGCAUCCGAUGUCUUUGUUACGGCUGAGCGGGUUUUCUACGACACCCUCUUUUGGACUGUCUUGCAUCUUUUCUCUGUGGACUCUCGAGGACCCCCUGCCCCAGCUCUGCCUGCAGCCUGGCCCUGCCCCCACCAGCCUCGCCCCUUAGGCUGGGCCUUCAAUGGGGCCAGGAGUGUCUCAGCAACUGUGGGACCCACCGUUUUCUGGGGGGGCCUUUGUUUCCCUUUUCUAGACGAUAGGCCUGGGGCAGUGCCUGGGCCCCCUCCACAACGAUGGGCCCUUGGUCAGGCCAGUCAGCUGGUCACUAUGCAAAAUGCUGUGCGGAGAGGCUCAGUGGGUGGAAAGGCUGACCUGGGGCACCCCCAACUCCCUUGCCCAAUGGCUGUGAACCCUGAAGAGAAAAUUAACUCUUUCAUUUCUCCCUGCUUGAGCCCCACCCACUUCCUCUGGAUCACACACUGUUAAUAAACCUCUGCCGCUUGC